AUGAACCGACACGUCCUAGAAAAGGGCCCUGCCUACAGCAGCUCAGCCUUCACAAUUUCACCUAACAGAUUUCAGCCCCGGUCGCAACCGGCACUUCGGUCCCGCCGACUAUUCCAGCGUCUAUGCCUACUUGGCGGCGUGUCGCUGAUCCUCAUCCUCCUCAUCUUCCCUUCCUGGCGCGUCGCCAUCCUCCCAACCCUCUCUCUCGGCCUACUAUCCUCCCCAAACGAUCUCCACCUCCAAACAGUCCGCUACUAUGACCUCUCCGAAGUCCAAGGCUCAGAAAAGGGCUGGGAGCGCGGAGAGCGCGUCCUAAUGUGCACCCCGCUGCGUGAUGCCUCUUCGCAUCUCCCCAUGUUCUUCUCCCACCUCCGGAACUUGACUUAUCCGCACGAGUUGAUCGAUCUGGCUUUCCUGGUCUCCGAUUCCCGGGAUGACACCUUGACCAUGCUCUCGCAUAUGCUGGAGGAUAUACAAAAUGACCCGAAUCCGAAGAUGCCCUUCGGCGAGAUCUCGGUAAUCCAGAAAGACUUUGGACAAAAGGUCCAGCAGGACGUGGAAAGUCGGCACGGUUUCGAAGCCCAGGCCAAUCGCCGGAAACUCAUGGCCCAGGCCAGGAACUGGCUGCUGAGCGCUACGCUACGGCCCACCCAUAGCUGGGUCUACUGGCGAGACGCGGAUGUGGAAACGGCGCCUUUUACAAUUAUCGAGGAUCUCAUGCGACAUAAUAAGGAUGUCACUGUGCCGAAUGUGUGGCGACCACUUCCAGAUUGGCUCGGCGGAGAACAGCCCUACGAUCUGAACUCGUGGCAGGAAUCAGAGACUGCGCUGGCUUUGGCGGAUACACUCGAUGAAGAUGCAGUUAUUGUGGAGGGAUAUGCCGAGUACGCGACGUGGAGACCUCACCUUGCGUAUUUGCGCGACCCGUAUGGUGACCCUGAUAUGGAGAUGGAGCUGGAUGGUAUUGGCGGCGUCAGUAUCUUGGCCAAGGCCCGCGUUUUCCGCGCUGGUGUACACUUCCCGGCAUUUAGUUUCGAGAAGCAUGCCGAGACAGAAGGGUUUGGCAAGAUGGCGCGCCGAAUGAAGUUCUCGGUGGUUGGUCUGCCGCACUAUACGAUUUGGCAUCUUUAUGAGCCCAGUGUUGAUGAUCUCCGUCACAUGGAGGAAAUGGAGCAGGAGCGUCUGGCUCGUGAACAGGAAGAAACAGAGCGAGCUGGGCGGAAGGAGAGUCCCCCGCAAGACCAUGUCGCCGACAAUGUUGGUGAGCAAUUGCAGGGCUCUGCCGAGGGUCCGGCUGCUCAUCCUGCGAAAGACGAGUCUCCGAGUGACUCGAGCAAGCAAGCUGAACAAGCUGCGAAAAUUGAAGCGCAAUGA